AUGUGGAGAGACAAACACAUUGAAACAAGGAACUAUGAAUACAGAUAUAGUGAAGGGCCUAUGGAAGAAUUAUUACAGGAUUGCCACACAGCUACUGAUGUUUUUAUUUUCAUUUUGAAGCCAAUUGUAGAAGACAUAGUUUUCCAGACCAAUCUUUAUGCAACGCAGAAGGGAAAAAUUUUAAAUCUGAAGGAACAUGAGCUGCUUGUUUUUUUGGUAAUUAAUUUAUUUAUGGGUUACCACAAGCUGUCGUCGUGGAAACACUACUGGUCUGCAUGUGAUGACCAUGUUAUUUCUAUUGUAAGGCGAUGCAUGAGUAGGGACAGGUUUGAUUUUAUUUUGAUUAAUUUAUAUGUUAAUGAUAACACAAAAAUUCCAGAAAGAAACACUGAUAAAUUGUAUAAAAUACGCCCGCUUCUGACUGCUUUGAAUAAGCAAUUUAUGUCCAUAUACAGGGGCACUAGAGAACUCAGUAUUGAUGACUCAAUGAUUGUCUUCAAGGGAAGAAGUAGCAUAAAGCAAUAUAAUCCAUUAAAACCAAUCAAAAGAGGCUAUAAACUAUUGGCAAUUUGUGAUAAAAAAGGAUACACACUCAAUUUUGAAGUGUAUCAAGGUAGAAAUGAGACACUGGAGAAGGACUUUGACGGGUACGGUGUAGAAGAGAGAGUAGUACUGAAAUUGUCUAAACAGUAUUGGAGUCAGUACAGAAAAUUGUACUUUGACAUUUUUUUUACUUCUAUUCCACUUUUGGAGAAAUUAAAAUCCGUAAAUACAUUUUCCUGUGGAACAAUUAGAACAAACAGGAAAGGUUUGCCAGCGAAUUUACCAAGAGAAAAAUGUCUAAAGCGUGGGGAAUCAGAUCACAGAGUGUCAUCUGUAGACCCAUCAGUAUUUCAAUGGAGGGGCAAUAAAGUAGUAUAUUUUGCGUCAAACAUCCAUGGCACUGAACAGAGCGUAGCGUCAAGAAAACAGAAAGAUGGAACUGGUAUGACUAUACCAUGUCCAGUUAUUGUAUGUGAUUACAAUAAAAACGUGGGUGGUGUGGAUCAUGCAGACAGAUUACGUUCAACUUAUGGUCUUGACAGUGAUCUACGUGGGGCACUGCCACUGCUGGAAUUCAGGCGUGCUGUGGCACUAGGGCUAAUGAAUGAACAGCAAGUACCAAAUCUCAAAAAGAGAAACUCUGGUAAAGAUGAAAUAACUCCCCCAAAGAGAAGGAAAGAUAACUUUCCUGUUCCUAAGGAUGUACGUCUUGGCAACCAAGGAAACCAUUUUGUAGUGUUCAGUUGUAAAAGAGGACGAUGCAAAAUGUGUGCGAAAAAUAAAAUUCAGUCGAGACCACAUUCACAAUGUAGUACAUGUAAAGUGUACUUGUGCUGCAAUGAGAAAAAGAACUGUUUUCUACAAUUUCAUGAGGUAUCACUAAAUAUGUGA